UUAUCGAUUUUUGCAGCGAAAAACACAGCUGUCGAUCUGAUUGCAAUUUUCAUAUCUUUAGCGUAAAAACACGUUGGGGAUUGUUUAACUACAAUAUAGGGCGUCUUUAGGGAUAAUCCUACGAGAUUUGUGACAUCCAGAUAAAAACAAUACUACAUUUCUGUAACAUACGUGGAUUUUCAUUGCCUGUGUCGGAAAAUUGAAAUCGUCGAUUUCCUGUGUAUUUUUUCCAUUUCACUUAAGACUUACAGUGGAUGAUCUGGGGAAUUCAAACUAUCUUGAAGUAGGACAGGGGAAUCAAUAUGAUUACCUGACAUUAAAUUUCGAGGUGUCUGAUAAACCUUUGGCAAGACAAGGCUUGCUGAAAACUUAAGGGGGUCAUAAAUGUUAAUAUUAUAUACAUUCAGGGUGGUGUGUUGCUCGGCGCAAUAAUUCACCAUUCAUUGAAGAAUUUGUAUGUGUCUCGGAUGACCCCACUGUUCAACAGCGUUUUCCGGAUGAACUUAAAUUAACGUGGUCCAUGAUUCUGAAAAAUAAAAGGAAGAUUCCGUUUUAUUUUCGCAUGGGCUUCGGUAUAAGCAAACAGGUGACGAUUAGCGUACCUCAGAAAGAGAAAUAUAGGUCAUCGGCCAUUCUGUUUAGCCGGGUGGACGCUGAGGGUGUGUUGAAGUUUGAGCUGGCAGGGACCUACCUCCUGUACAGGGACUUCAACACCGACCACCUGUACCUCUCCGUCAGAUCCAAUGAUUUUGUUGAGCACCAUCGAAUCAAUUAUGAAGACAAUCUGUAUUACAUGGACAACCAGCCAUACCCCUACCUAGAUUCCAUCAUCCUUUAUCACCAACGACACAAGCUGAAUGGAAUCAAGCUUACAUAUCACGCCCAUUUGAGUGCUCGUACUGUUAAAGCAUUCACUACCAAAGUGAUGCGUCACAACGGCAAUGUGUCACAUACAGACAAUGAGGAACCACACGAUAUACACCACAGUUCUCAGCACAUCGCCAGCAUAGAACACACCAAUGAUGACGUCAUCACUAACCGGAUCUCAAAAUCCAGCGGUAGACUGUGGAUUUCUGGAACAAUGCAACAGUCUCUAAAACGUAUAUCCAUGCCGAUCCCGGAAGUGUACCAUCACAUUGGAGACACAGACACCAGAUUGACACAAAGCUACAGAGGAAGUGGAAAUCUUUUGUCACAUGCUGACAGUUUUAGUGAUUUAAAUGGAGAUAUUUUUGACACAACAAAACAUUCCAAUAGGAAACACUCUGAGGAUGCUGACAGUGAGUGUAGUUCUGUGACUGGAGAGCACGAUCUCGUGCACGAUGAUGACGUUGUUGGCAGAGAUCCAAAUCAUGAACAGGAUGACGACAUGUCAGUUUAUGACACACAUUUAUGAUACCCAUGCAGAAAUGUUCUACUUUAGCACUUUACUACAUGUAUAUUGUAUUUGGAAUUUCUUAUUCCUUACCAGUCUAUUACAUUAUUGUCACUAUAUGGUUUCUUAAAAUAUUAAGGUAUUUGUUGAUGACUUACAUGAAUGUAUGCUAUAAAUACUUAUGUCACAAAAUAUUAAGAAAUGAAAAGAAGUGAAAUAUUUGUUCUUAUAUUGAGUAACCUAGUACGUCGUGUACAAUGGAACAAAGGAACAUAGUUCUGCUUUUGUUCGAGAUAUAUAUUUUAUAAGAAAUCCAUUUGUAAUCAAAUAAGAUUGUAUCUUAAUGAUUAUAUAAAUAUAUUUAAAAAUGUGUAGUCAUUAUGAUAAAGUUUUGUUUCUUUUUAAA